AUGUCAAUCGGUAUGAAAAUACUAAAUUGUACACCAAGGGCCCUAAAACGGGCGACUGCUUGCCGACUCUGUCGUGCCAACCCAUUUCCCAGCUUUGGAGCGCGAUUCAAAUCUGGGCCGUAUGGCUAUAUUCAAGCCAAAUCCCUCUUCUUCUCCAAGAAUGGCGAACCAGAAGAUGUUCUAAAGCUUCAUACGCACUCAAUCUCACCAACCCUUCCGCCAUCAUCCAUCCUCGUUCGCGCACUUGCCGCCCCAAUCAACCCGGCCGACAUAAACACAAUCCAAGGAACAUAUGGAUCAAAACCCACAUUUACUUCAUUACUUGGGACUCCAGAACCAUCGAUAGUGCCAGGAAAUGAAGGUGUUUUCGAAGUGCUCUCUGCUGCUGACCAGUCAUCGACCCUCCAACCCGGUGAUUGGGUGAUCCCAGCCGUUUCACAGAUAGGAACCUGGAGAACCCACGCGGUAUUCGGCGAAAAAGAACUCCUUAAAAUCGACAAAACUGGUCUUACGGCUAUCCAAGCUGCGACUGUUAGCGUCAAUCCCUGUUCCGCGUAUCGAAUACUCCGCAACUACGGGCCCAGUAGUGGUCUUAAGACUGGCAUCCCCGCACGGCCGCUGGAGCUUGGCAGUGGGGAGUGGUUUAUACAGAAUGGAGCCAACUCCGGAGUUGGUCGUGCCGCUAUUCAGCUUGCAAAGCUCUGGGGCUUGCGGAGCAUCAAUGUGAUUCGUGAAAGGGCUUCUGACGAAGAAACAACCGCACUGAGAAAGGAACUCCAGGAUCUCGGCGCUGAUGUGGUUGUCACAGAAACCGAGUUUCUAUCCCGAGAAUGGAGAGACCAACUUGCCAGCAUUACAAGAGGUGGACGAGAGCAAAUUGGGCUGGGCCUAAACUGUGUUGGUGGCAAAUCUGCAACCGCCAUUGCCCGGUCGCUAGGCCAAGGUGCGACUAUGGUAUCUUAUGGCGGAAUGUCGAAACAACCAGUCCUGUUACCUGUCGGCCUUCUAAUUUUCAAAGACAUUCGAUUUGUUGGAUUCUGGCUGAGCAAGUGGAACGAAAAGGAUGUUGUUGGCAGGCAGCAUAUGAUCAAUGAUAUUCUAUCUAUGACAAAGAACGGCCAAUUAGUGGAUGUUCCCACCAAAGAGAUUUCAUGGGAAUGGGAAACUACGGAAGACACUCUCCGUAAUGCUGUACAACAUGGUCUUGACGGCUUUCAGAAGGGCAAAGGUCUUUUGGUCUUUGGCGACACAUAG